CAGCGUACUUAAUGGUCCUCGACUCAAAACCGAAACUGCUUGAUUGGUGUCGACGGGCGCUAGGAUUUGAAGAGAUUUACACUGUAAAUAUACAGGACGUCAUAAGAUCAACAGAGAUGCAGCCGUAGUUGUAUUAAAGAGAGAAUUGUUUUACAAGGGUUUAUUAUAGUUUCGCCAAUUAUUUGUAUGCAUGCUAGAUAAAAUCACUCGAAAAAAUCACGGAAACGGAUUUCGGAAAUUACUUUCUCCGAACGGUUAAUUAUAUAACCGAACCAAAAUUCGUUUUUCAGUUUUGGGGUAGUUUUGGGUUUUUUAACUUCUUCCUCAAAAUGGAACCGCAAAAACAGCAACAAAUCCAAUCCCAAGAAACACCCGAGCAACCUCAAUUGAAAAGAUGCAGUAAUUGCAAAUCUUAUCGCCCUUUGCUAUUUUUUGUUAUCAAUAGACAAGAUUACAACACGUGUAGAAAAUGCCAUGAACGCCAAAGUGACGUCGGUAAACCAAUCGCAGAGCAGUUACUCCUGACAGUGGACGAAGUACUCGACAUGAUUCCUUCGCGUCAAAGUUUGAGGAACGUAGCCGACAGUCUCGAAGAUUACAGCCUCGACGCGUAUGUGCAACUUGACGACGAUAUGUUGGCGUUGUCAGAUUCGCAACUUGUGAUCAACAUCCGCGAUCGUAUCCAGGCUGUUGACGGAUACCAUUACUACGAAGCAUACCGAACAGAACCACGAAGAAAGUUCGGCUAUUCUUUCCUUUUUCGAUGCUCGCAAGAUUUCGAUGUGCAGGGUCAAGCUGCCAUUCGUUCACGAUUGUAUCGGCGUAUGGCAACUUUCUUGUGCAAUGGCCGCAUCAGCGGCAUGGUCGAUCGAGUGAAUGGUUACUUUCACUUGAAUAUCGAACACUCCUGUGGGCAUAGGGCUGCACCUGCCGUCGAAAAUUACGCCGCCCCGCAAAAUGUACGUGCAUACAUCGCUGCAAAUGCCAUCGACUUGGAUGCACAACAGCUGCAUCGUAACAUUAUCCGUCAGUUUCAACAAGAAGCGACAAGAAUAACGCAGGGGCAAGUGUAUUACUGGGCGUGCCAGUCGAUCCAAGACCAAUAUACACUGCACAACAACCAGUUCAGAUCGGCAGAGAUGCUCGUCGACAGAGCCGCUGACAAGGGUGUCCGUAAGGUAUGUCAAAAUGUCCUAAAUGAUUAGCUACUACUUAAUAUUGAAUACAUGUGAGGAUCGUGUAUACAAUCACUUCGACACGUUGAGAAAUAGACAAGAACCAUUAA